AUGGAGUCAGUAUUGUCAGCACUCCCACAACUUGGGCCUUGUGAGAAGGCUGAUCCUCAAGAAGUAAGUAGAGAUGAUGGUGUCCCCAUCCUGCCUGCACCCACAGCCCAGGCUCUGCGACACCUUGGUCCCCACGCGCAGCAGCAGCGAUGCUCGGCCGGCUCUGGCCGCUGGCGCUGCUGCUCCUGGCCCCGGGGCAAGGUCGGCAAGGAGUGCGCUCCUGGGGGACACCAGUUUCUUCAGAGCCCUUACAGAAGUGUGCAUUUUGACUCAAUGCACCUCCAGCGUUCUCCCUUUCAAGACCUGAUAUGUGACCAUUCCCUUUCUCCCAGAUGGUAUCGGUUUCUCAUCUUUGACAGACCUGCUGAGAUGCCAACCAAAUGUGUUGAGGUGAAUCACUGUGGAACACAGGUGCCCAUCUGGCUGUCUCUGAGAGAUUCAGAGACACUGCCUUCACCUGGAGAGAUCAAGCAACUGACAGCUUGUGCCACAUGGAAGUUUUUGUUUAGUGCUACAAAAGACUGCUGCCUUUUUCAAAUCCCAGUGUCUGUAAGAAACUGUGGAAAUUUUUUUGUGUACUUACUGCAGCCCACUCAGGGAUGUAUGGGAUAUUGUGCACAAGCUAUUUCUGAUGCAAAAUUACACCCAUGUCACCCUGAUGAAAUUGAAAUUGGAGGUCACUGUGUUCGUAAGUCAUUGCCACCACCACCCCCAGGAAGGCCAGAAGUUGUGGUGGAGCUGAUUGGAUCCAGACUUUUCUGUAGGUGUGCUUUUGAGGUUUCCCCUACAAACACCUCAGUGGGAUUUCUCAUAACUUGGCCUAGGCUUUUUUCUCAAGAAAUCAAAGAGGAGCUGAAGCAAGAGACCACAGUUCAGGCAUCCUCUCUUUUAGAACUGGACGGCAUAAAUCUCAGACUCGGAGAUAGGAUAUUCUGUAGUGCUUCCGUCUUUUUAUUGGAGAAACCACAUGUACAAAGUUUAGCCACCGAAAGCCAAGAAUUUUUUGCAGGCAUUAAGUUACACCCUGAGUUAAGCACUAUAUCAGAAGAUGGGAAAGAAUAUCAGUUGAAGAUAGAGAGCACAGUUCCUGUCAUUUGUUCUGAAUCCAGUGAGCUUGGCCAGGAGUGCAAAAUCUCAGUAAAACUGAAAACUGUUGAUCAAGGUAAAGAACAGCUAGGUUUAAAUUUGGCACUGUCUUCCUGUCAUGUGGACCUUCAGCGGACAUCAUCGUGUGCUAACGGAUCGUGUAGCUGUGCUUUUGUGUACUACACUGCUGUGACAGAUUUUUCUCGAGAUGGAGACAGAGUUACAAACAUUGUAGUGGAACCUAUAGUUCAUGAGGAUUUCCUGUGGAACAGCUACAUUCCAGACAGCGUCCAGAUCAAAGUAAAGGAUGUCCCAACUGCUUACUGCUACUCAUUUACUGACCCACAUAUAAUUACAUUUGAUGGCAGGGUAUAUGAUAAUUUCAAGACCGGAACAUUUGUGCUUUAUAAGAGUAUGUCACGUGAUUUUGAAGUCCAUGUACGCCAGUGGGACUGUGGAAGUCUUCACUAUCCUGUGUCAUGUAACUGCGGUUUUGUUGCCAAAGAAGAAGGUGAUGUAGUUACUUUCGAUAUGUGCAGUGGUCAGCUACAUGAAUCACAGCCAUAUUUAUCUGUAAAGAGCCAAGAUGUAACCAGCAAUAUCAAGAUAAGUGAAUCCUACUUAGGAAGAAAAGUCACAAUCUGGUUUUCUUCUGGAGCAUUUAUCCGUGCUGAUCUUAGUGAAUGGGGCAUGAGUUUAACAAUCAGAGCCCCUAGCCUAGACUACAGAAACACUUUGGGACUUUGUGGCACCUUUGAUGAAAACCCAGAAAAUGAUUUCCAUAAUAAAUAUGGGAUAAAAAUUGAUCUAACUUUUGAUAAUUGUGUUGCUUUUAUUAAUGAAUGGAGGAUUUUGCCAGGGAAAAGCAUGUUUGACACAAUGCCAGUUUCUCCAUUGUCACCUGGAAAACUAUCCUAUUGUAGCUGCUCGUUGGACACGAAUUCAUUAUAUCCUUCUGAUCAUCUGGACAGUACUUCUCAACAAGAGAUUGUUUCAGGUUGCAAAGAUCUCAAACAUGUCAAAUUCUCUUUCUUGAUACCAGAACUAGAUGUCACCUCUGAGUAUAUUAAUUCAGAAGCUCUUAUCAGAGGGAUAAGUGAGUAUACAUCUGGAGAAGAAAAUAAUUUGAACUUCCUUCCUCAAGAAAAAAAGCAUGUGAACCUGACCAAACUGGAAUUACAUUUACAAAAACAUCCUGGAAAUGAAAAACAAGAGGCACUGAAAACUUUGGACAAUGGGAGACAUACACGGGACCACAGUAGCAACAGCCAGGAGAUGAGGCGGGAUCCACAAAACAGAAGGAAAUGGCAAAACUCUUAUGAGUUUCUUCCUAUGUUUGCUUUCCAAAGUCUCAGCCAUAGUGAUCUAGAAGAAUUUACUUAUUUCUUCCCUGAGGACCAUACUGAGGAUGUCCACCAGGAGUUUGUCCCUACGUGGCCCACAGCCUCUGGUCUCACUGAACACGGCACUUUGGCACUGUGCCAGCAGGCUCUUGCCAACUCAAGCAUUGGAAGACAUUGUCUUGCCUUUCUGGGCAACAGCCUAGAGUGUGCUGUAGAUAUGUGUGUUAAAGAUGUUCUCCUAAAAGAUGAUCUUAGCUGGGCAGAAGCCGGUGUGGCUCUUUUAGAAAAUGAAUGUGAAAAGAGAAUUUUGGAAGAGAGGAAAUAUAACACAGAAGAAUACGGCAAGUCAAUUGAAGACAUUCUCUCGGUCCUCAAAUGCCCCAAUUUAUGCAGUGGCAAUGGGCAGUGUAUGGAAUGGGGAUGCGCAUGCUCCCCGGGCUUCAGUUCCUAUGACUGCAGUGAUUCACACGACAAGGCUCCUGAAAUUAUAGAACUUGAGAAUGCUGGAUUCUGUAAUAUUCAAAAAUAUAAUUGUAUGACAGUGAGAGUGUUUGGUCAAGACUUCAAAGAAUCACCUUCAAUUAAAUGUGAAGUUACUAAACUGCAGUAUAAUAACAGUAAAUGGGUCCUUGGAAAAGCUGUCUACACGCAUCCUGUUUUUGAAAAUAGCAGAACUAUUGAUUGUCAGCUGCCCCCUGAUGUUCAACAGUCUGAUACCAUGAAUCUGAUGGGGGAGAAACCAAUCGUAAAGUGGCAAUUAAAGGUAUCUAAUGAUGGUUAUAGGUUCAGUAAUCCCAAAAUAAUGAUCAUAUAUGAUGGAGCUUGUCAAGUUUGUGGUCUCAAUGGGAAGGACUUGUGCACUAUAAAGGAAAAUGUUUGCAUUAUUGAUGGACUCUGCUACAUUGAAGGAGAGAAAAAUACUACCAGCCCUUGUUUGAUUUGUAGACCAAAAAUUUCAAAAUUUACUUGGUCAUUUUUAGAAAACAACCAACCCCCAGUGAUUCAAAUACCUCAAGACAAAUUACAGACAUUUUUGGGGGAGAACUUUGUGUACCAGUUCACGGCCUUGGAUCCCGAAGGUUCUGACAUCCAUUUUGCCUUGGACUCAGGUCCUGAGGGAGCAAAUGUUUCCUCUACAGGACUUCUUACAUGGAAAACAGAGUCCCAAACUCCACAGCAAUUCACUUUACGUUUUAACGACGACUGCAGUGCUGAGACGAGAGUCACAAUUAUGGUGACUGUGAAGUCUUGUGAUUGCUUGAAUGGUGGAUCAUGUGUGUCAGAUAGGAAAUUCCCUCCAGGAAGUGGAAUGUACCUGUGCGUCUGCCUGCCUGGCUUUCAGGGGGGUCUCUGUGAAGUGAAUGUCACUGAGUGCCAUGCAAACCCCUGUGGCCUUGGCAGAUGUAUUAGUGGAUUUCCCAGUUAUUCUUGUGUAUGUCCGCCUGAACUCAAAGUUGAAACAUAGUUUUUACAUGAAUCUACUACACAUACUAUGGUUCUUACAAGUUCUAAUAAAAGUGAAACUAAGGAAGAGAAUGGUAAAAAUGCCAUACAGAGAGAGAGGCGUGUUAAGUCAACAAAUGGAAAUGCUUCUACCAUUUGUAGACACCCAUGUGGAAAAAGCAGGGAAUGUGUUGCCCCAAAUAUAUGCAAAUGUAAACCUGGCUACAUUGGUUCUAACUGCCAAACUGCUGUAUGUCAUCCUGAUUGCAAAAACCAUGGGAAAUGUAUUAAGCCUAACGUUUGUGAAUGUCCCCCAGGGCAUGGUGGAGCAACCUGUGAUGAAGAACACUGUCGUCCACCUGGUGGCACCUGCCUGGCUGGAAAUCUCUGCACUUGUCCUUAUGGUUUUAUAGGACCAAGGUGUGAAACAAUGGUUUGUAACAGGCACUGUGAAAAUGGAGGUGAAUGUCUUACACCAGAUACUUGCCAGUGCAAGCCUGGCUGGUAUGGACCUACUUGUGGUACAGCUUUGUGUGAUCCCAUUUGCCUCAAUGGUGGUUCCUGUAAUAAGCCAAACACUUGCCUCUGUCCAAAUGGAUUCUUUGGUGCACAGUGUCAGAAUGCUAUCUGUCACCCUCCCUGUAAGAAUGGCGGCCGCUGCAUGAGAAAUAAUGUGUGCACCUGUCAUGAAGGAUACACCGGUAGGAGAUGCCAAAAAAGUAUCUGUGAUCCCAUGUGCAUGAAUGGAGGAAAAUGCAUUCGACCAAACGUUUGCUCUUGUCCUUCUGGUUGGAGAGGGAAACAAUGCAAUACAGCUAUCUGCUUUCAGAAAUGUAAAAAUGGUGGUGAAUGCAUUGCUCCCAGUAUAUGCCAUUGUCCUACCACAUGGGAAGGAGUGCAGUGUCAAAUACCAAUUUGCAAACAAAAGUGUCUUUAUGGAGGCAGAUGUGUAUUUCCCAAUAUGUGCUCUUGUCGCGGUGGAUAUUCUGGAGUCAAAUGUGAAAAGAAAGUACAGACAAAACGCCAUUAAUAUCAAGUAUGUGAAUCACAAGCCUGUCUUAAGAAUGAAAUUUUUAUUCAGAAAAAGUUGAAGAUAACUACUUGAAGUUUAUUUGAACAUAAUUUUAAAAAUUAUUUUAAAGACUGAAGAAACUAAUAACAUAUAGAAUGGUCUUACCUGUCAUUGUUAAAGAAAACCAAAGAAGAAAUUCAGGUAAUCUGAAUUGCCUUUGAAAUGUGAUUUGAUAUUUACAUAGUGAGAUGAUGUAUCUGAUAUUGGAGACAUUCACAUUAUCUA